AUUCCAUUUUUGCUUCACAACCAAACAUGGCUUCCAAUAUUAAAAGAACCGAAUGGUCCAAACCCAACGCUGGCACCGCCGUCACCAGUUCGGCCAAGGCAGAAGGCCAGCCCGGAAGGGCUUAUGUCACCAUCUUGGCUGGAAACGGUGACGAUGUGAAGGGAGUAACGGGUUUGGCCAAGGGGCUGAAGAAGGUCGAGAGCAAGUACAAACUUGUGGCAGCCGUCUUACCAGACGUUCCUCAACAACACCGGAAGGCACUACAAGACUUAGAGUGCAUAGUGAAGGAGAUUGAGCCGGUGAAUCCACUCAAGGACCAGACACAGUUAGCCAUGGCCUCCCAUACUGACAUCAAUUACCCCGAGCUCCAGCUGAUCAAUUUAAAAAAGUACUCCAAACUUCGCUUAUGGCAAGAGAUGUUCAGAUGUACUCCAACAUCGACGAUCUUUUUUAACGUUAAUGACGGCUACAUCUAUGCUCCGCACCUUCCCUGGCUGGAAUUUCUCAAAUUGCCUACAGAGUUUGGUAUUCCGCAACCUACGUACUACUUUAAUGCCAGCAUGUUUGUCUUUGUGCCCGGUGCCUCCAUCUUUGAUGAUCUAUUGGAGACAAUCGCGAGCAUCCCUAUGAUCCCUUUCGCCGAGCAGGUGAUGUAAAACAACUUUGAACCAUGAUCUUCACUUGCAACUUUUUUUUUUUCUUUUUUGAAUAAUUUCAAAAUUCUAGUGGGUUUUCUCAGAAUAUGAACAUCAAGAUCUAAUUAAGAUUGCUUUGAGGCAGAUUGACUGCAAUCGUUUUUACUCCUCUGUAAUAGAAUAAUAGAUUUUAU